ACUAUUCUGGAAGCUGCACGUUAAAGCCAAUCAAGCAAAGGCUUGUAUUCUGUGUCAAUGCUUUAGAUUCAUGGGAAACCAGGAAGUGUAUUGCAGCCCUUUGCGACAGGAGUCACCUUAUUAUUGCAGAAUGAAUUGAUUUGCUGGUGACAGUGACUGAUCCCAUGCUGCACUGCUAAACCUUUGUUCAGGACACAGUGGCUGCUGACAGCUGGGUGAGAUGUUGCCAGCCUAAUUAACUAAUUCAUGUCUGAUUGUAUGUGCUUUGUUAUUAGGGAUCUGCCAUGCACGAGAAGAUGCUUUUCCUCCUGCAGCUACAUUGUAGCAACCUCCCUCAGCUUCCUGACACCUGUUCCUAUGGAUCCUGGGAUGCAGCUAUUUAAAUGAAACCAACGCAGAUUGUCUAAUCAGUGUGGCACAAAUCAGAGCUCUAACGAGUACACAUAUGAUGGGAGGUAAUGUUGCUGAUCUCAUUUAGAUUUAUUGCACAAAAUGACUAAAUACUGAUGAGUACCUGGCAGGCGGCUGAGCUAAAAACGUUUACGUGAACAGGGCUGAGUGAGAGAGGCGAAAACGUUAUUUUCAAAACUGCAAAUAUGUUGGAAGAUUUUGGGCAGAAGUGGCUUCCGACUGAUGUCCAGGUGACAGUGUUGGAAGCCAGGGACCUCCAUCCUAAAGGCAAGCAUGGUACCAAUGACACUUAUACCAUCAUCCAGCUGGGCAAGGAAAAGUAUUCUACAUCUGUUGUGGAAAAAAGUCUUAACCCGGUCUGGAAGGAAGAGGCGUCCUUUGAACUGCCAGGCCUGUUGGUACAGGAUAAUACGGAGCAGUACCAGCUGCAGCUGACGGUUAUGCACAGGUCGCUGGUGGGCCUCGAUAAGUUCCUGGGGCAAGUUUGUAUCAACCUGAAUGAGAUAUUCGAGAAAAAAGAACGACGUAAGAUCGAGUGGUUUAAGUUGGAAUCCAAACAGGGGAAGUGGAAUAAGGAAAGAGGGGAGCUAAAGCUCAAUGUGCAGUUUGUGAGGAACAAUAUGACCGCCAGCAUGUUUGACCUAUCCAUGAAGGACAAGACCCGUUCUCCGUUUGCCCGACUAAAGGACAAAAUGAAAGGAAGGAAGACAGAUGGCUCUGAUACAUCGUCAGCCAUUGUCACAAGCACAAGUACCCUGCAUUCUGGCCGAGAAACCACAGAGACCCAGAUAAAGAAUAAGCCCAAGAAGCCAUUCCUGCUAGGCCCACAGCGCCUGUCCUCUGCACACUCCAUGUCUGACCUGAGUGGACCACAGUCGUCACGGUUGGGCACUUUGGGACUCUCUGCCAAACAGCCUCUAGACUCCAUUAGCUCAGCUGAAGAGAGUGGAAGCCUUAAGUCACCGCACAGAAGGACAAUGAGUGCAGACACCUCAAAAACAAGCCCAUUGGAACCUGAUAGUUCUGCGAGGGACUGGGCCUCCGGGGGAGGUGUGGACUCUGCUUCUGAUACCAUUCCUGGUCUUCCUCAAAAGUUUGCUACGUUGCCCCGGCAAUGGACCCCCUAUGAAGACAGUAAUCAGUCACUGGACAGCAGCAGCACCUCGACUGGGCUUUUCUCCAAAUCUGGAGAGGCAAGAAAAGAUGGAAAGAAGAAAGAUAAAGUCAGCUUGUUUGAGAGAGUAACUGGUAAAAAAGAAGGAAAGAGAUCUGAGAAGGCAAGUCAAAAUAGCUUUGAAGGAGGCUUAGAAGUCAAAACUCCUGACAGCAUCACACAGCCACAUGUCACUGAUUACGAACCAACAAAUCCUUUUGCAGCCAAUUUUAGGAUGAGAAGCCAUGGCGCAGAACGCUCACAUACAGAAGUUUCAUCUACUGAAGCCUUGAGCGCAGCGCGCAGCACUAGAGGAGUAGGGGCUUUCCCUCUAUACCACCAUCCCUAUGGAAAUGCAGAGCAGAACCCAUUUGAUGGAGCAGGUGUCUACGGUCACCUUACUCGCAAUGAGGUCGAACGUGAAUUGCUAAAGCACAAAGAAAUCAUUAAAAAGAAAGACACUCACAUCCGAGAGCUGGAGGACUACAUAGAUAACUUGUUGGUACGAGUAAUGGAGGAGACCCCGAGUAUACUGCGUGUACCCUAUGUGCCUUCAAGAAAAGCCGGAAAGUUUAACCAGAGUUAAUAAAUUGCCCACUCGAUUCAAUAUGUAAUGUGGGGACUGAUCAUGGUGGUAUUAUACAGUUCAAACAUUUGCAGCAAUGGCAAGAAAUGUAGAUCUCUGAAAUGAAUGAAUCUGGUGUAGCAGUUUUAGUGUUUGAAUAUUAAUAAGAGAAGAUAUUUGUCUAAACAACAACAACAUAAAAAGAUUUUGUACAAAAAACCUUUGGUAAAAUGAAGGGUCAAAAAUGGUUCUUUUAAUGUUUAGGGACUCACACGAGAUGUAAGAGCCCUUUUCACUACACAUUUUUGUUCUUAACAGAUGACUGUUUUAAAGGGGUCAAAAUUAAACUUUCAUAAUUCACCUA